AUGGCAGACCUGUUAAAUCCAAAUGAGAAGUUUGAUCUCAUCACCAGGAACCUCCAGGAGGUUCUUGGAGAGGAAAAAGUGAAGCAGAUCUUACAAGAGAGGGAGCUCAAAGUGUACUGGGGCACAGCGACCACAGGAAAACCACAUGUGGCAUAUUUUGUGCCCAUGUCGAAAAUCGCAGACUUCCUUAAAGCUGGCUGUGAGGUCACUAUUUUGUUUGCCGACUUACAUGCCUAUCUAGACAACAUGAAGGCCCCAUGGGAGCUGCUGGAGCUCAGGGUGAAGUACUAUGAACAGGUCAUUAAGGCUAUGUUGGAGAGCAUUGGUGUUCCUCUGGAUAAACUCAAGUUUGUCAAGGGCACAGACUACCAGUUAAGCAGAGAAUAUACGCUGGAUGUUUACCGCCUGUCUUCUAUGGUCACUGAGCAUGAUGCCAAAAAAGCUGGAGCAGAGGUAGUUAAACAGGUGGAGCAUCCUCUCCUUAGUGGUCUGCUGUAUCCUGGACUUCAGGCCUUGGAUGAGGAGUACCUCAAGGUGGAUGCUCAGUUUGGAGGAGUUGACCAAAGGAAGAUUUUUACGCUUGCAGAAAAAUACUUGCCCACGCUUGGCUAUGGUAAACGUGCUCAUCUAAUGAACCCCAUGGUCCCAGGGUUGACUGGGGCAAAGAUGAGCUCUUCAGAAGAGGAAUCUAAGAUCGAUCUGCUAGACUCAAAAGAGAAUGUGAAAAAGAAGUUAAAAAAGGCUUUCUGUGAGCCUGGAAAUAUCCAGAAUAAUGGUGUCCUCUCUUUUGUCAAAUAUGUCCUGUUCCCUUUGCACGGAGACUUCUGUGUCAAAAAAGAUCCGAAAUGGGGAGGUGACAAAGUUUAUACUGAUUUUGAUGAAGUGGAAAAAGACUUUGCUGCUGAGGUGAUUCACCCUGGAGAUCUGAAAGCUUCAGUGGAAGUUGCUCUGAACAAACUGCUUGAGCCAAUCCGAAAGAAGUUUGAGGCACCUGAACUCCGGAAACUCACCAACUCAGCCUACCCAGACCCUUCAAAAAACAAAUCGGUAGGAAAGGGAGCAAAGGCUGGAGGGGGCGGAGGAGGAGGAGGAGGAGGAGAUGAUGAUGAACUGGUCCCAUCCAAGUUGGACAUAAGGGUUGGAAAAGUUGUCAGCGUGGAAAAGCACCCAGACGCAGAUUCACUCUACCUUGAGAAGAUCGACGUGGGAGAGCCUGAGCCGCGGACGGUAGUGAGUGGCCUUGUGGCAUAUGUUGCAGCAGAAGACCUACAAGAUCGCAUGGUGCUGGUUCUAUGCAAUCUGAAACCUCAGAAGAUGAGGGGGAUCGAGUCACAAGCCAUGCUUUUGUGUGCUUCGAUAGAAGGAGAGCCCAGGCGAGUUGAACCGCUGGACCCUCCUGAGGGCUCAUCACCAGGAGAAAGAGUUUUUGUUGAAGGUUAUGAAACGAGCAAACCAGAUGACAGACUCAAUCCAAAGAAGAAGGUGUGGGAGAAAAUACAGGUGGAUUUGAAGAUGUCGGACGAGUGCGUAGCUCAGUGGAAAGACAAGCUUCUAAUGACCAAAUUGGGACAAAUUACUUGCAAGACUCUGAAAGGAGGCAACAUUAGUUAA